AUGGAUAGCGACGCGGAAAUUCGAAAAAGAGGGGAAGCUGGGGGAGGGCGGAUUCGGAAGCGUUUUCCGAGGAACUAUCGAAGAGUACGUUUGCGCUUCAGGCGCGGGGAGCGGGGAGGGCGGAAGACGGAAAUUGCAGGUGGCGGUGAAGGUGCUAAAUCAAGGGGGGCAGCAGGGGGAGGUGGAAUGGAAGACGGAGGUUCGGUACCUGAGCGAGCUUCGGCACCCGAACCUGGUGCGGCUGGUUGGAUAAUGCUCAGACGGGCAUCACCGGCUGUUGGCGUACGAGUAUCUUCCGUACGGCAGCCUCGAGCGAUUCCUUUUCACCCGCGCCAACCAGCCGUUGCCAUGGGCGGUGCGAAUGAAGGUGGCGCUACAUGCGGCGCAGGGCCUGGCUCCCGUUCCCCACUUGCUCCCCUCCUCCCCUUUCCCCCUGCCAGGCGCAAUACAGCCCCUGCCAUGGGCGGUGCGAAUGAAGGAGCCAUCCAGCCCCUGCCGUGGGCGGUGCGAAUGAAGGUGGCGCUACACGCGGCGCGGGGCUUGGCGUAUCUGCACGAGGAGGCGGACCGGCAGAUCAUCUACCGCGACUUUAAGGCGUCCAACAUUCUGCUGGACGAGGAUUUCAACGCGCAGCUCUCUGAUUUCGGCCUGGCAAAGGACGGUCCCGAGGGCAACCAGACGCACGUGUCAACACGGGUAAUGGGCACCUAUGGCUACGCUGCACCCGAGUACAUGAUGACUGGCCAUCUCACCGCCAAGUCAGACGUCUACAGCUUCGGAGUCGUGCUGCUCGAAAUGAUUAGCGGGCGGCGGGCCAUGGAGCCGGAGUUCCCGAGGCGCCAGCAGAAUAUCGUCGAGUGGGCACGGCCGUUUCUGGUCGACCCGACGAAGAUGCUGCUAUUGGUGGAUCCGAGGGUGGGUGGCGAGUAUUCGGUGAAGGGUGCGCAGCGGGCGGCGGUUUUGGCACGCAAGUGCUUGAAUAAGGACCCGCACGCACGGCCUCUCAUGUCAGAGGCGGUUCGGGUGCUAUCUUCAAUUCAAAGCUUGACGGAUUUCGCGAGCAAGCUGGAGCAGGCUCAGCGGCUACAUGGUGCUUAG